ACCUGGAACUGCAGAGGUCGAAGAAGUUGAGUGGAUAGCGUUUUCUGAUCGGCUUGCAAAAGUCCCUCCUACAACCCAAAAAUGGCAAGUACGGGGUGUACUGAGCCUCACCAGAGAGUGUUUCAGCGAAGAUUCACAGAAACAAACAUGUCUAUCCCGGGAAGAGAGGGCAAAUAUCUUGCCAAAGGCACCCAUUCUGGGAAGGCCAUCGCCGUUUUCACAAGCGGUGGUGAUGCACAAGGCAUGAACUCUGCUGUUCGGGCUGUGGUGAGAGUUGGAAUCUACGUCGGUUGUAGAGUCUACUUCAUUAAAGAGGGCUACCAGGGUAUGGUUGAUGGAGGAGAAAACAUUGUGGAAGCCAGCUGGCCCAGUGUCUCAGGAAUCAUGCAGAGGGGCGGAACCGUCAUCGGCAGUGCCAGGUGUAAAGAUUUCCGCGAACGGGAAGGUCGUCUGAAGGCUGCCCUGAACCUCGUCAAUCACAACAUCACUAACUUAGUGGUCAUUGGCGGCGAUGGAAGUUUGACUGGCGCAAACUUGUUUAGGCAGGAGUGGGGCGACCUCCUUGACGAGCUUUUCAACAGAGGUGAUAUUAACAAGGAAAAGCGUGAACUCUGUGGCCAUUUGAACAUCGCCGGUCUGGUCGGCUCCAUUGACAACGAUUUCUGCGGGACAGACAUGACAAUCGGCACAGACUCAGCCCUCCAUCGCAUCGUCGAGGCGGUGGACUGUAUAUCAACAACAGCUUCUAGCCAUCAGCGGGCGUUUGUACUGGAGGUUAUGGGCCGACAUUGUGGUUAUUUGGCACUUGUGGGCGCCAUUGCCACCGAAGCUGACUAUGUCUUCAUCCCCGAGUGCCCGCCAUCAGUUGACUGGGAAGACGACCUCUGUAACAAGUUAUCCACGGAACGUAAAAUGGGUCAAAGGCUAAACAUCAUCAUUGUAGCUGAGGGUGCCAUAGACAGGGAGUGUAAACCCAUCACUGCUGACCAUGUGAAAGAGCUGAUAACCAAACGUUUGAAAUACGACACUCGGGUGACUGUCCUUGGUCACGUCCAGAGGGGUGGUGCUCCUUCAGCCUUUGACCGUGUCUUGGGUUGUCGAAUGGGAGCUGAAGCAGUCCUGGCUCUGAUGGAUGCCAAACCGGACACCCCAGCUUGUGUAGUCUCACUCGAAGGGAACCAGGCGGUCAGGGUACCUCUCAUGCAGUGCGUGGAGAAGACUAAGGCUGUCCAGCUGGCCAUGGAUGCGAAGGAGUUUGAAAAGGCCUGGAAACUUCGAGGAAAGUCAUUCAUGAACAACCUUGAGACCUACCGGAAGUUGUCCAAGGUCAAACCACCAGAAACUGGGUGUAACCCAGAUGGAACAGUUUGUCCGAAUGCGUCACUGAAUAUGAAGUACAAACACAAUAUUGGGCUUAUGAACAUCGGUGCUCCAGCUUGCGGUAUGAACGCAGUCAUCCGGGCCGCUGUCAGGGUUGGAUUGUUCGAAGGUUAUGGAAUGAAGGGGAUCUACGGAGGCUUGGACGGGCUUGUCAGUGACAAUGUCAAGCCUCUGGGGUGGUCGACAGUACACAUGUGGGCAAGCAAGGGAGGCUCCAUGAUGGGCACGUCUAGGACAACGGUCAAAGAUCUGGGAGCAGAGAAAGUAGCAGAGCAUAUCAAAAAGCACAAUAUCCAUGCGUUGAUUGUGGUCGGUGGUUUCGAGGCAUACAAAUCCGUACUGGAAAUGUAUGAAUUCCGUAAAGACUUUGAAGAAUUCUGUAUCCCGAUGGUCGUCGUCCCGUCGACGAUCAGCAACAAUGUGCCAGGAUCUGAUUUCUCCGUCGGCGCGGAUACAGCUCUCAAUGAAAUCACCGACAUUUGCGACCGAAUCAAACAAUCGGCCACCGGAUCGAAGCGACGUGUGUUCAUCGUGGAGACCAUGGGGGGCUACUGUGGCUAUUUAGCCACCCUCUCUGGACUCGCUGGAGGGGCUGACCAGGCCUACAUCUUCGAGGAACAUUUCUCUAUCAAGGACAUGCAGGGCGAUGUAGUGCAUUUGAAGGCCAAGAUAGAGGAUGGAGUACAGAGAGGUCUCAUUUUGAGAAAUGAGUAUGCUAACGACAACUAUACCACCGACUUUAUCCAGCAACUUUACUCAGAGGAGGGAAAAGGUGUUUUCAGUUGUAGAAAGAACGUUCUGGGCCACAUGCAACAGGGCGGAGUGCCGACGCCGUUCGAUCGUAACAUGGGCACGAAACUGGCGGCCAAGGCGGUGGAGCGUGUCAUGACACAAAUUCAGCAGUACGAGAAGCCAGAUGGUUCUGUAUUCUGUGAUGAUGAGGAAACUGCCUGUCUUCUCGGGUUGGUGCGUAGGGCGUCAAAAUUCACCCCAAUGAAAGAACUAAAGAAGCAGACAGAUUGGAAGCAUCGUCUCCCACUGGAGCAGUGGUGGUUGAAAUUGCGGCCCCUCCUCCGAAUCCUGGCGAAACACGAGAGUGUAUACGAAAUGGAGGGCGUGAAUGUCACCUCCACUGAUGCGGAGAGUUCAGAUGGCGACGUCCUGUAAAAGGCAAAAUGGAACCUAGGACCGUCGGUGAUUGAGUGUCUUAUCCUAGUUUUCCUUCAUCCGCUUGUGCAGUGAUGUUCGUCGUUGGAUGUUGAAGAUCUCUGAGGGAUGCAUUGUGUGCAGCUUUUUGUUUUGAAUCAAUUUGAACAAUUCAGAUGUACAGCAGAACCUCUCUAUUAAGAAUACUAAUGGGCCUGGCAAGUGCUGUCCUUUAUAGAGAGUUGUUCUGAUUAGAGGGGUCAAAUUGAAUGGAAACAACCACUUUGUGAACAAAACUAGUGUCCUUAAUUAAGAGGUGUCUUCUAAAGGAGGCUCCACUGGACCUGCUGGUGAUAAAAAAUAUUGAUAAUACUGUAUCAAUGCUAUUUAACCGGUUGAGGGUCGCCUUACGUGUAAUAGGCCUAUUUGAAAGAGACGCGCCAAAACGAGCUAAGUACUUAAUGGUGUUGAGACAGUCUGUAGUGCCCCAAACAAUGCAAAAAUUCAGCACACAGCUCUACGUUGAAAAGUUUGGUGCCUGAAGAUUGACAUUUGGGUGUGAUGCCACUGACAGGAUUACUUCAACUAAAGGGUUUUUGCCUUCAACCCUUAGACAACGAGUAAGAAUCAUGCGGUGUAAAACUGCAGUUUUGUGCCAUAGGAAAGGAAAUCACGAGUCCUUUCAGUUUGGGGUGAAUAUGCUUGAAGGGACAACUUGGGCGUGGGAUUUACCUGGCCUGGAGGAUAAUGCCUUUGCUUGCCACCAUGCGCCGCCACUUAAAGUAUCACAGCAAUGAUGAUCACUAAAACUGAUCUUUGCCGGUGUUGCGAGGCAGUUUUGAACGUGGAUUGUGAAUUUCAGGCAGGCCUUUGGUUUAUACACCCCAUUCUAGCAUUGUUUAUUGCAGUUCAAAGAUUUUUCAAUGAUCCUGUUUGGCGACAUUUCGGUCCUGCUGGAAGUCAUUCUUGUAUGAAAAACCAACAUACCUCAUGCCCAAGGUGUCCCUUUAAACUUUGGAGCUUUAUGUUUAGUUAUUGUAUACUAUUUGGAAAAUGUGUAAAGUAGUUUUGCCCAAAUUCUGAAUCAUUGUAAUAUAAGAUGCCUAAUAUUGUAAUUUUGCUUUGUAAGACAGGUCAUUGUUAGGAGAGUUUUUUUGUACGAGAUGUAGGUGCUUUAUCAUUGUCAUUGUCCACUUGUCAUAGUCAUGCAAGUGUGUUUAAGUUAUUCAUUACGAAAAAAAAGUUAACAAGAUUGUUUUAAACUGUA